AUGAAUCCAAGAGUCGGAAUCGGUGUCUUCGUCUUCAACACCGAGGGCCAGUUCCUCAUCGGCAAGCGAAAGGGCAGUCAUGGUGCCGAAACAUGGGGUUUACCAGGCGGCCACCUCGAAUUCAACGAAACCUUCGAAACCUGCGCUAUGCGCGAGACCCUCGAAGAAACAGGUCUACAAAUCAGCGACGUGCGAUUCCUGACUGCCACCAAUUCCAUCAUGGCAGCCGAGAAGAAGCAUUAUGUUACUGUUUUCAUGGGUGGGAUUUGUGAGGAGGGUGUUGAGCCGCAGACUCUCGAACCGGAGAAGUGUGAAAGUUGGGAAUGGAUUUCUUGGGAUGCGAUGCGGGCGUAUGGGGAGGAGGAGAUGGAGGGUGAUGGGUCUAGGGGGAUGAAGUUGUUUAUGCCUCUUUUGGAUUUGUUUAGACAGAGGCCGGAGUUUAGGGUUUGA